ACACACACCAUCAUUCUUGACCCCCUCCCCCCUCCCCCCUCAGUAAAACCUUUAAAUAGUGGCCGUUCUCUCUGUUCAGCCUCGGUGAUCUCUUGCCUGCCGAUCGCAGUUCGUCUCCCUCAACUCUCCUAAAAAGCAUCACGUCUGCCGAGAUGGAGCGUACCUUUGUGGCCAUUAAGCCCGAUGGCGUGCAGAGAGGCCUGUGCGGCGAGAUCAUCAAGCGCUUUGAGCACAGAGGCUUCAGGCUGGUGGCUUGCAAGUUCGUGCAGGCCUCUGAGGAUCACAUGAAGAAGCACUACCUGGACCUGAAGGACAUGCCCUUCUACGCCGGACUGUGCAAAUACAUGUCCUCCGGCCCCAUCCUGGCCAUGGUGUGGGAGGGCCAGAACAUCGUGAAGCUGGGCAGGAUGAUGCUGGGCGAGACCAACCCCGCUGACUCCAAGCCCGGCAGCAUCCGUGGAGACCUCUGCAUCCAGAUCGGCAGGAACAUCAUCCACGGCAGUGACACUCUGGAGAACGCCAAGAUGGAGGUUGACCUGUGGUUCAAGCCCGAGGAGUUCGUCACCUACACCCCCUGCGCCCAGCCUUGGCUGUACGAGUAAACCGGCCGAUCACCGACUUGGAAACGACACCCGACUGGACCGUUUUAACCCCCCCGCCCCGUCCCGUCCCGUCCUGCAGUCGAUCCCCUGUCCUGGUUUCCACUGUGCACUUCCUGUCACUGUCCAAUCAAACAUGUAGCACUUGCCAAUAAAAGUGUCCUGGUGAGAAAAA